AUGUUUAUUUCAAUCUUCACUGCCUCUACGGCACUCCUCUCACUCGCAAGUCUCGCACAAGCUGUACCACAGUUCGGAAUAUCCUCAUCCGCAGUAUCAACAACGACAGCAAUAGCCCCAUCUGGCUCCCAACCUGCAACAUUGACGAGUACAGUAGCAUGCAACAACUCACCCGACCUCUGCAAUCGAAAUUACAACAAUAUAACACAUAUGGGAGCACACGAUGUUGCGUUUCUGAGGGAUAGUAGCACGGGGUUUUCGACGUCAGGAAAUACAUUCUACAACGCAACGGUGGCCUUGUCAGCAGGUAUAAGGUUACUGCAAGCACAAGUUCAUGAUUCGAACGGUACUCUACAGCUAUGCCAUAGUUCUUGCUCCCUGCUGGAUGGUGGAACCUUGGAGAGCUGGCUAUCGAAGAUCAAGAUAUGGAUGGAUGCCAACCCCAACGAGGUCGUCUCCAUUAUCCUCGUCAACUCGGACAGCUUCAAAGUUUCAGAAUUCGGUACUGUCUUCCAAGCCUCCGGCAUCUCCACCUACGGAUAUACGCCUGCAUCAAGGUCUGCCAUGGCAACCUGGCCAACCCUCCAGACCCUCAUAACCGCGAACACCCGUCUAGUAACAUACAUCACCAACAUCGACUACGACACAACCUUUCCCUAUCUCCUCCCCGAGUUCACAUACAUGUUUGAAACCCACUUCGAGGUGACAUCCUCCACAGGAUUCAACUGCACCGUCGACCGCCCUUCAUCGCUCUCUUCCGGCACAGGAGCCUCUGCCAUCUCCUCCGGCUACAUGUCCCUCAUGAACCACUUCCAGUACGACGAGAUGGCAUUUGGCAUCACCAUACCAGCCAUCUCAGCCAUCGAGACGACGAACUCGCCUGCUACGAACACAACCGGAGCACUGGGCACUCACGCUGUGCAGUGCAACUCCGAGUGGGGAAACAAACCUACCUUCGUGCUGGUGGAUUUCUUCAAUGUCGGACCUGCAGUUAGGGUUGCGGAUACAUUGAAUGGAAUUACACCUACAGGACGGAUCUCCCUGAGCACGGCGCAGUUGACUGCUGCCACAAGUGCGGGGGCAAGGCCAGAAUCGGGGAGCUGGUUUGGUGUUGCUGCUUUGGCGAUGGGUGUGGUUGCUGUCGGCAACUUUGUCUGGUUGUAG